GGGCAGGCUCUUGCGUGUGAUGACGUCCGUGUCAGGUGUUUCCUUGUAUAUGAAGCGGAGCACACGCACGCACGCACACCCACGGAGCUGCUGCAAGGACACGCACACACCCUGACUGCUGUCUGAGCGUGGAAGGUGACCACGAGCCUAGGAUGCUGCAUUUCCACCACAAGUCGCCCUCGGGGGUCGCCGUGGUCCUGCUCGCCGUCCUCCUGCACGGAUGCGCGGUGCAGGCGGCGUCCCUCCCACGCCACUACCGCCUGCGCGGCGGCGAUGCGCAGCCAGCCGGUUCGGACCUGAUGAAAGCCUUAGAAUACAUCGAGAACCUGAAGCAGCGCAACGGGGGCCGACCUGUGCCCGUGGACUACGACGAGGUGGAGAAGUUCAGGGUGUUGCUCCAGCUGGCCUCGCAGCAGCAGCGGCAAGAGGACGAGAGUCCGGCGGAGCGUCCGGACAUCACCGCCGAGCAGCUGAUGAGAACCCUCCUCAAGUCCGUCCAGGACCAGGCCAAGCUGGGCGACCGCCGCCUGCAGCGACACCGCACCAAAGAGACCCUGGCAAGCUCCCCGGCAGACUACGCCAACUACCCCAGACCUCACAAGAAGUACCCGCUGAUGUUCGAGGAUGAGGAAAACACGGAGGCGUCCAAGCGGGCUACAGAGGACCUGGACCAGCAGUACACGCCGCAGAGCCUCACCAAUCUACGCUCCAUCUUCGAGGAGCUGGAAAGGAUGCCGCUGAAAAGAGAUCUGUUCGGUGACGACGAGGAGGAUGCUGAGGAGGAGGAGGACGCCGCCCCUGGAGAGGAGUGGGUUCCCGUGGAGGAACGGGAGCAGACCGAGGAGAUGGUGAACGGGAGCCACGAGGAGGCGGACCGGGCUCUGGGGGAGCAGGAGGAGGAGGAAGUGCAGCGCCGCUCGGGUCAGGACCAGGAGGACGCGGACGACGACACCAAGCUGGUGGAUUAUUACCUGCUGAAGGUUCUGGAGCUGAGCGACCAGAGAGAGAAGCGGGAUCAGACCGGCGAGCAAAGAAAGAGACUCAUCCGCCCUUCCAUCAUGGACCCUCGCACGGUAAAGGAGCUGCUGGAGCUCUCCUUGAAACUCCACGUGCCCCCGCAGGACCUCAUCGACAUGCUGCUGACGGAGGAACUCCGCAAGCUCCACCGCAACCCCCCCGCCGCGUCCCGCCCGCACGCAGCGGGACCCAGCCCGAAAGUCCGCUAUUUCAGUCGCAGGCUGCCCCUGAAGAGCAAGGCGGCUCCCGAGGACAUGGACCGGGAGGACUUUUUGGACAUCAUCGGCGUGGAGACCAUCAGCAACGAGUACCCAGUCAUGCCCAGACCUGCCAAGACCCCCUUGGAUAGAAUCCCGGCGGGGUCCGCCGUGGCUCCCAAUGCGGGACCCGUUAAAAUCCCGCCUCCGUCCGGACGUAGAGAGAACCUGUUCCUGUCCGAGCUCAACAAGAUGCCCUUUAAGCGCCAGGCUGACGGCGGCGACACAGACGACGACGACGUGGAGGACGAGGUGACCACCUACCUGGCGGCCAAAAUCCUCACCGAGUACCCGCCGGGCAGCAUCGCCAAGCGGGACACCCAGGCGCAGACCAAGGGCCUCUUCCCCUACGAGCUGUACGAGCGAGCCGUGAAAGACUACUUGGGCCAGGUGGACUCUGGGAGCAGACCGCUGGCCAAGAGGGAGGCGGAGGCGGUCCCGGAGGAAAAGCCCACUGAGGUGCAGAGCAAGGAGGAGAUGACCGGGAAGACCUCGGCCCCUCAGAGGGCGCAGGGCGACGGGCAGGGGGAGCACCGUGACCAAGCUGUGGCAGGAAUGUAAAAGUAUUUAUGCUGGAUGUGAUCUAGUUUACAGGUUUUAAUCGUACGACUCAUAGCUGAUUAUCUCACCUAAACACGUAAAUAUAAUAUAGUCCCUAUUUGCUGCAGUCAUUAUGGUGACGUCAUUUUCACAACAGGGUUUGCACCUUCUCUGGCUCCCGCAUUCAAAGUUUAUAAAGUUUUGUGAUGCUGUUCAAAGUUUGUGUUUGUAAAGGAGAAUAUUACAUCAUCAUGUCCAACAACAUACAGUACAGUACAGUACACACCUUCUCAUUCAAUUUUUACAUUGUAGAUUGUCACAUCAAAACUAUGAAUGAACACAUGUGGAGUUAUGUACUUAACGAAAAAAGGUGAAAGAACUGAAAACACGUUUUAUAUUCUAGUUUCUUCAAAAUAGCCA